AUGACUGCCCCCUCAUACACCAAGCUUCCACCCUCACUCACCACGCCUCCGCCGCCCGUCCCAGACGUCCUCGUCGCCUUCCCGUCGCCGCACAUCCUCCUCGUGACCCUCAACCGCGCCAAACAUCUCAACGCCAUCCCGCGCCCGCAGCACUUCGCCCUCGAGCGUCUGUGGGAUUGGUACGACGAGGAGCCCUCGCUGCGAUGCGCCGUCAUCACCGGCGCGGGGCGGGCCUUCUGCGCCGGUGCGGAUCUGAAGGAGUGGGAUAGCAUCAAUACUUCGGACCCGCCAUCAUCGUCAUCGUCGACGUACGUUGCCCCCUCAUCAGCUGAGAUCACCAAGGCUGGCGCUGGUGUCGCGGGCAGUCCAAUCGAGGCCCAGUUCGUCGGGGCCGGAAGCAAACCGUCGUCUCGGGCUGUCAUAAACGAUCAUACGCCAGCACCAGCAUCCGCCUCCCUCCCCGCCGUGACUGCACAACCCGACAACGACAAACCCAGCACCCGCUUCCCCAAGAGCGGCUUCGGCGGGCUCAGCAACCGCAGCGGCACCAAGCCCGUCAUCGCCGCCGUCAACGGCAUCUGCUUCGGCGGCGGCAUGGAGAUGGCGCUAAACUGCGACCUCGUGAUCGCGGCUCCGGGGGCGACCUUUGCGCUGCCCGAGGUCACGAUCGGCGUCAUCGCGCUGGCGGGCGCGCUACCGCGGCUCGUGCGGACGGUGGGGAAGCAGCGGGCGGCGGAGAUGGCGCUUACGGGGAAGACUUACACCGCGAGGGAGGUGUUGGGGUGGGGGGUUGUUAAUGAGGUUGUUGAUGAUGAGGGUGGUGAGAAGGGUGGUGGGAAGGGUGGGGAUGGGAAUGGGGAGGUGGUAGAGGCGGCGCUGAGGUGGGCGGAGAAGAUCGCGGGAAAUAGCCCGGAUGCGGUGAUCGUGACGCGGGAGGGACUGAAGUUGGGCUGGGAGGGCGUUGGGCCGGAGCAGGGGACCGAUCUGGUGAUUAAGGGCUGGUAUGGACGUAUUGAGAAGGGCGAGAAUAUGGUCGAGGGCGUGAGGAGUUUCAUCGAGAGGCGGAAGCCGGUUUGGAAGGAUACCCUUCACCAGUCCCGAGAGUCAUCGAGCGGCUUCGCGGUCGAAAUGCGUUCCUCAAGCUUAUUCGUUGCGCUGUCAGGGAUCGCCAGCGCGAUCUCAAGUCACGUCGACCUGCCAGCCAAUGUGCCCCAAAACAUGGACGACUUCCGCGCGAAGCACCCUUAUAAGCCGAUAACAGGCUGUGAUGAAGGAAGGCCGAUUGUAAAGAUUCGGUCAUCUCAUAACGACACCGACGACGUGGCGGAAGAGUUCCUGGCCGGCUUGGAGAAGGCCAACAACGGCGGCACGCUGUACCUCCCCAAGGACGAGCUGUACAUGAUCGGCAAGCCGCUCGACCUAACCUUCCUGAACGACGUGCAGGUCCACUGGGACGGCGAAGUCAAGUUCACCAACGACACGCCGUUCUGGCAAGCCAACGCCUUCACGCACCCGUUCCAGAACACCCUCAUGUUCUGGAAGUGGGGCGGCAGCGACAUCACGAUCUCCGGGUCGGGUGUCCUGAACGGCAACGGGCAACGGUGGUGGAACGAGUUCGCCGGCCUCGAGAUUCUGGACCCGGACAACCAGUACCUGCGGCCGGUACUGUUCUACGCCGAGAACGCGACCAACCUGGCCAUAGAGGGCAUCCACGAGAAGGACUCGCCGUGCUGGACCAACUUCGUGGUGACGUCGGAGGGGGUCUCGUUCAGGGACGUCGUGUGCACGGCCGAGUCGAACAACGCGACGGCGCUGCCCAAGAACACGGACUUCUUCGACUCGCUCAACGUGGCCGACGUCAGCGUCGAGCGCGUCUGGGUCAACAUCGGCGACGACUGCUUCUCGCCCAAGUCCAACGCGACUAAUGUCCACGUCGACACUAUGUACUGCAACGGCACGCACGGGCAGUCGGUGGGGUCCGUGGGCCAGUACGCGGGCGAGAUGAGCUUCAUUCGCGAUGUUGUUAUUGAGAACGUGUGGAUGCUUAAUGGACAGCAUGGCGCGCGGCUGAAGACAUGGGCCGGGCCUGACGUCGGCUACGGGUUCAUCGAUAAUAUCACGUUUCGCAACUUCUGGCAGGCAAACAACGAAUAUGGCGCCUUCCUCGACAGCUGCUACUUCAACAUCGACACGGCGACGUGCGAGCAGUACCCCUCGCAGAUGAACAUCACCAACAUCCUCUUCGAGAACUUCUCGGGCUACACGAGCGGCAAGUACGGCACGGCGGUCGCCAGCCUGACGUGCUCCACGAACCCGGAUGCCGUGUGCGAGAACAUCACGUUCAAAAACUUCACCAUCACAUCGCCGUGUGGCGAUGAGCCCGUGAUACUGUGUAACGGCAUCAAGGGCGACAUUGGGAUGGCCUGUAUCGGGUCGAACACCACGGAGGCGGUGGCGGCGCUUGCGAGUACGUGCUCUGUGCCGCUGGCGAGUGCGAGCCCUUUCUAG